AUCCGCUCCAACAUAGAAGAAGAAGAAUAUGUGUCGUCGUCGCUUCCUGUUUCUUCUCUGGAUGCGCUGAAUUACAUUUUCAGUUGCUCCUACUGAAGGAGAAGAAAAAAAAUGUCAGGUGCUGGGGGAGGAAAGCGUCCCUCGGGAGGGGACAGCCCCCCUGGCCCACCUGAGAAGAAAUCCAAGAAAGAGGAGAAGACCACCACCACACUUAUUGAACCAAUACGUAUAGCCGGAGUAUCGUCCACGGAGGAAAUGGACAUGAAGGUUCUCCAGUUUAAGAAUAAAAAAUUGUGUGAGCGCUUGGAGCAGCGACAAGCCAUGGAGGAUGAGUUACGAGAGAAAAUUGAAAAGCUUGAGAAGAGACAAGCCACUGAUGACACCACACUUCUGAUUGUCAAUCGCUAUUGGUCACAGUUGGAAGAGAGUGUGCAUGUUCUGCGCAAACAUAUUGAGCCAGAAGCACCAAUAACAUCAGCCCCUGCCCCACCCUCGGCACCGCUCCCGGACAUCGCACCAGUGGUGGAUGAUGGUGUCAGUCUGGCUUUACCAGCCUCUGCUGUGCCUCCACCUCCUCUGCCAGAGGCUCAGAGUGAGGCUGAGCAGACAGAACAGCAGCAGCACGAGGAUCACCAGGAAGAGCAACAGGAAGAGGCACAGCAACAGCCACCUCCUCCUCCUGGUGGAUCAGAGGAGUUAAUGACACCUACAGAACCAACAAAAGAUCCAAAAACUGAUGGAUCACCGCCUCCUCCUCCUCUAAGUGAAAAUGUCAAGGGUUUCUUGGCCACACUGGAGCAAAGUAGCGAGGAGGAGCUAUCCUUGCACCUCCAGGACCGCAUGCAGUUUAGCAAAGAAGCCAUUGCCCACUUGGUCCGUGUCUUUGACAAGCUGCACAGGCGUAUUGACGACAUGUGUAGAAUUGUUCAGACUGCAGCAUGUGAGGAUGGUGGUCAGUCUGAUAUCAAUCAGAACCACAUCCUUCUGGACGAGAACAUACGACUGCGAGACCUCGCCAUGCACUUGCAGGGACGACACCACAAAAUGUCCAUGGAGUACAACGAGUUGGUGGACAAGGUGACCAGUGCAGAGACAAAGGUGUCUGAGAUGGAGACAACGGUGGAGGACCUUCAGUGGGACAUAGAGAAACUCCGCAAUAGGGAACAGAAGCUCAACAAACAUCUAGCAGAGGCCAUGGAGCAGCUAAAAUCUGGAUACAGCAGCACUGGAAGCUCAGGUGGGCUAGCUGGAGGCCAGAUAACACUGAACAUCCAGAAGUUCGAAAGUCUCAAUGCAGAAUUGGAGCACAACCAGGAGUUGGCCAAUAGUCGCAUGGCAGAGCUGGAAAAACUGCAGGUGGAGCUUCAGGAGGCUGUGAGGGAAAGUGAGAAGCUUAAGAUGGACUUGCGCAAUAUUCCAGAAGAGGUUGUGAAGGAAACCUUAGAGUACAAAUGUCUGCAGUCACAAUUCUCCCUGCUGUACAACGAAUCUCUUGGAGUAAAAACUCAGCUGGAUGAGGCUCGAGCUCUGCUGCUCACUGCAAAAAACGCCCAUCUCCGCCAGAUUGAGCACAUGGAGAGUGAUGAGCUAUCCCUUCAGAAGAAGCUACGAACUGAGGUCAUUCAGCUGGAGGAUACUUUGGCCCAGGUGCGCAAAGAGUAUGAGAUGCUGCGUAUCGAGUUUGAGCAAAACCUGGCAGCUAACGAACAAGCAGGACCAAUCAACAGGGAGAUGCGACACUUAAUCAGCAGCCUUCAAAACCACAACCUUCAGCUGAAAGGUGAUGUUCAACGCUACAAGAGGAAGUUGCGGGAAACCCAGAUGGAGAUCAAUAAGCUACGUUGUCAGAGUGGAGACACUGGAGUUUUGAUUCUAGAAGAGACGACGAGUGACAGCAUCGAUGUGAAGAAAGAGGAGGAUGAAGACCAGGAGGAAGAAGAGGAGAGGAGGAAGGAACUGGAGAGACAGCGGGCACGGGAGAGGGAAAGGGAGAGGGAGGCCGAGAGAGAGCGAGAGAGGGAGCGCGAGAGGGAGAGGCAGCGCAGCGAUGAGCUGAAGAGGAAGGACUCUGAUACGUUAAAGAUGCUCAGAGUAGAACUCAAAAAAGCCCAGGAGUCCCAGAAAGAGAUGAAGCUCCUGCUGGAUAUGUAUAAAUCGGCUCCAAAGGAGCAAAGAGAUAAAGUGCAACUUAUGGCUGCUGAACGCAAAUCUAAAGCAGAGGUGGAAGACUUAAGGAUUCGAGUGCGAGAGCUGGAGGAGAGGGAGAGGAAGGAGAGCAAGAAGCUGGCCGAUGAAGAUGCCCUCAGAAAGAUACGUGUGGCAGAAGAGACCAUUGAGCAUCUACAGAAGAAACUCGCUGCCACAAAGCAGGAGGAGGAAGCCCUGCUGAGUGAGAUGGACGUAACAGGACAGGCCUUUGAAGAUAUGCAGGAGCAAAACAGCCGGCUGUUGCAGCAGCUGCGGGAGAAGGAUGAUGCCAAUUUCAAGCUGAUGAGUGAGCGAAUCAAAUCUAACCAGAUCUACAAGCUGUUGAAGGAGGAAAAGGAGGAGCUGGCUGAUCAAGUUCUUACAUUUAAAACCCAGGUGAGGUGUAAAAAUCACAUCCUGGAAAUGGAGCACUUGCUGUGUGUGAAAAUGCCAACUGGUUAUUGCUGCCUCUUUCAGGUGGAUGCCCAGCUGCUGGUUGUCCAAAAGCUUGAAGAAAAAGAGGGAGUCCUUCAGAGCACACUGGCUGCUCUGGAGAAAGAACUGGCUGUCAGAACACAAGCACUAGAGCUCAACAAGAGGAAGGCGGUGGAGGCUGCACAGCUGGCAGAGGACCUGAAGGUGCAGCUGGAGCACACACAGGCCAAGCUGAAGGAGAUCCAGGUCUCCGUGGCUGAGAACCGCACCGCCCGGGAGAGGGAGAGCAGCAAUCUUAAACGAGCACAGGAGGAGCUGUCCAGGCUGAGGCGGAAGCUGGAGAAACAGAAGAAGGUGGAGGUGUAUUCAGAUGCAGAUGAGAUCCUACAGGAAGAAAUCAAUCAAUACAAGGCCAAGCUGCGUUGCCCCUGCUGCAACACACGAGACAAGGAGACUGUUCUCACCAAGUGUUUCCACGUUUUCUGCUACGAAUGUCUGAAGAUGCGUUACGACACCCGACAAAGGAAGUGCCCCAAGUGCAACUGUGCCUUUGGAGCCAACGACUUUCACCGCAUCUACAUCACCUAAGUUGCAUAGAAACAGCAGGAGCAAAAAGAGAAAAUUGUAGACAGAACCAAAGGAAUGAAAGAAGUAGAAGACGACAAGCAGGAAAAACUCAGAGCCUGAGAUUGGGGGAUAUCAGAUGAGUGCAUCCCCAUUUUAAUCUCUUUGGAAAGACUUGUUUUACCACGUUAUUGCCAUUUUGUGACCAAACAUAGUGAUAUAUCUCACUGAGAGUGUUGUGAUGUAGUUAAUAAACACAGAUGUUUGUGCACAUGUUGCUAUUCUUA